UGUGAGAAAAACCAACAUGCAGCUGAGAAGCUGAAGGAGGCAGAUGAAAAACUGAAAGAGGCUCAUCGACAACUGGAGAAGAAACAUGCAGAGAUCAGCAACAUGAAGAAAGAACCAGACACAAGCAAACCACCUCCUGAGAAAUCUCAGACCAGUUUUGAGGAACAGAAUAAGAGCGGCUCAGCCAAUCACAGCUCAAAGACAGGUGACAUCACGUUGGUCGAGGUCGAGAGAAAUGGCAGCUAUAUCUGUCUGAAAAACACUUCCAGUGAGAAUAAACUUUUGUCAGGUUGGAAGUUAAAACUACAGAUCAACAACAGAGAAAGUGUCACAUACGAAUUUAAAGAAAACUUUAUACUGGAAGCUGGAAAGACACUCCUUGUACGGCAAGAUGCUGUCAACAAGCCAAUUAAAACUGAUGCUGACCUGCUGUGGAUGAACAUGGUCAACUGGAACAUUGGAGACGACGUGAAGAUCGACCUCAUCAGCAACACUGGAGAAGAACAGAUGCUGUUUAAAAACAAGAUCAUGUAAAAUAAUCAGAGUCACUUUUCUGAGGGAUAAA